GUUUCUACCACCUGCGCGCUAUUCACCAAAUGUCAGUACGCUUUUGGGUCAAAAGAACUUUGGCCGACCGCCGAAUUUUGCGUUCUCUUAACCUUAUUAUUAAAGAACCUUUUCGCAUGAUCGAAUCAGUCAAGGUCCGCAUACUUUCACGAAAUAACAAAUUACGCAUUUAUUUUGUCAAUGUCACGGGCGAUUCAAUGAGCGCGAGCAGCGAUUCUUCCGGUUUCUUCGCGUCUUCCGACUUCGAGGUGGAGAAUUACGAUGAGUACCUCGCGAAAAUCGGCGCGGAGGAAGAGGAACUGCGACUGUACGAUUUGCAGCGUCCGCAUAAAUUCGAGACGUACCUCGAGCGGGAGAGGAACAUCGCGGAUUCGAUUUUUAAUCUUCCCGCGCUGAAGUGUUUGAAAUUCACGCACCGGAAGUUGAAGUUUGCGUUUACGCCGUCGGAGGUCGCGCAGUUCGUCAGCAAGAGGCUUGUGUUUAUAAUCAGCUUGAAAUAUCGUAUGGGGUACUGGAUGGUGAAGAGGGAUUAUCUUCCGGUCAAUUACAAGUGGCGCAUUUACAAACUGUUUUACACAUCGGGCAGGCCGUCGCACUUCCGCUUUACCGACGAGAAUAUCGUGGAGGCCGUUCAUCAGAUGUGGAAAAUUCUGUGCGAGUGGGCAGCCCAAGAUGAAGAAUUUAGGAGAAGGAAACGUGAUCGGUACCGCAACGGCGAAGACCUCUUCUUGGAUGAGCACGAUGAAGAAUUAUUCCUCAGCGAGGGCGAGGUGGAAGAAUUGCACAGGAAAAGAAACGCAAUUUGGGAAAGAAUGCUUCCACCGAAACCUGCCAAAAGGGCGCGCAGGCAUCGGUAGUUAACAUUUUAGAUUUACAUGCAUACUUUUUUUGCAGUUUUAGUUCCUAAAUUUACAUGCCAUUCCUAUAUUUAUUAUCUACACUACCAUAAAAUUGUUACUAUUUAUAAUAUCAUUAUAUGAAAUAUCGUUGAUCUUAUUUAUUCA